AUGGCCGAUGAACGCCCACAGUUCUACGAGAACCAUUUGAGUCCUCUCACAAUCAACACGCAUUCGCUUUCCGAGUCUCUGCAAGAGCUUCGUGCUGCCGUGCGCCAUGGAGCCGAGUUGAUCCAUGAGAAUGAAUCAAUUCCUGACAAAUGGACUGUUGGUGGCAUGUUCAAACAUUUCCCUGGAGUCGCUCUUGCUUUCUUGCGCCUCGACUACCAAUCCGCUGUGUUGGCUGACCGGGGAGAGCCUUCUCCUGACUACCGUCAGCUUGCUCUCCAGAGAAUUCCGUCAGACUUCCCAGAUAUCGCUCUGAAACCGUCUCGAUUGUCCCCCGCGGGAUCGUUCUCACCCAUAGCGGCUGUGACUCUCCGCAUUCUUUCUGUUAUAGCAAAUGCAAAUUGGCAGACUGAUUCUAAGCCUGGUCUUUCGCAAGACGAUAUCACCUGUCUAUAUAAUGCCACAGAUUUAGCUCUGAAGAAUGGGCCUCUUGUUCCUCAUGAUGACCGCAACAUGGGUGGGGACGAGAUGCUGUAUGGGCGCGCGGGGCUCUUAUGGGUUCUACUCAAUGUGCGAGCUCAUACAUUCAAUGAUGAGACUCAGAGUGGCCUCUCCUUGUUGUUAGGCAAGAUUCCCGAGUUGCUCCGAGUCAUUAUCGAUGCAGGUCGACAAGGAUCGAACGAUUACAUCCAAAAAUAUGGAGAUCAGGAUGCACACCCAUUGAUGUAUGUCUGGAUGGAAGGACACUACUGCUUUGGAGCCGUCCAUGGAGCCACCGGGAUUCUGCCUAUCCUACUUGCAUGCAAACCUGAGGAACUUGAAGAACACCUUCUUGUGAUUGGGGAAACUAUCACUGCUCUUUCCAAGUUCACUGUUUCGAGUAAAGGUCAUCUUCCAAUGACGCUUCCCCCCUUCAAAUCUGCGCGGAAAUCUGAGCUUGUGCAGCUAUGUCAUGGAAGCCCCGGAAUUCUCAUCCUCGUUGCAACUGCAUUGAAGAACGAGGCUCUGACGCGCAAAUACUGGAGCCCAGAGUGGGACCAGGCCAUUGACUUAGCCACCGACUGUGUCUGGGAAGAGGGUAUUCUAUCAAAGGGAGGCAGUCUAUGUCACGGUAUUUCCGGCAAUGGGUGGCCCUGGCUCAUGCUCCAUGACGCCUUCCGGUACCACGCACCAGCUAUUAACUCAGCUCGCUGUGACAGUCUUCAUUUGCCCCAUGAUUCGAGCCUCCCAGAGGGACAUUUAGGCAACAAGCUCACCCCGGACUAUUUUCUCUCGAGGGCACUAGCUUUUAUGCUGCAUUCGCGCGAGACACGGCCGUACAACACAGCGCCUGCAAACACUGACAGAGACUACCGCAUGCCCGACGACGCAUACUCACUUUUUGAAGGUCUUGCAGGCAAUGUCUGUGCUUGGGCCGAAACUUGCGCCGUUCUCCAGGUGAGAUUGCGCAGUGCAGAGUACUGUCGAGGAAAUGACGGCAGCUCUUCUGGGCUCACAGAAGAUAGUGUCUUCCAGGAAGCGACUUCUCGCAUUCUCGGUGUCCCUUUGAUUGGUGGGAAUGGAGCUCACGGUCUUCUCUGA